UUAACAUUAGCGUGCGUCAUUACGUAAGACGUGUAACGCACGCCCUGGAAGACGGACUAUUUAAGACGAGUUGUUUUAGUCGGCGUAAAGGAAUCACUUCUGUGGACAUUUUAGUUUCUUUUACCGUCUUUUUAGUCGUUUGGACCGUAAGUACCUAAACCAACAUGGCAAACGGACAUGGGGAAACCCACGGCCCCAUCUCCAACCGCAAUGACCUCACCAGCAGCACGGACUGUGACCCUAAAUCUACCUCAGACACAGACAGCAUGGGGGACACGGUGGAGCUCAGACUCCUUAUGGCCUAUGCAAAGAGGAGACUGCCGGAAAAGGACAACGAGUUAUCCACACAGGACGGCAAGUUUGCAUUAAAUGGUGGGACCGAUACAAAGGAACCAUCCCCACUUCAGACGCUGGUCAAGACUGAAAAAGAGGAGGAGGAGAAGAAGAAGAAGAAGAAGAAGAAGAAGAAGAAGGGAUGGAGAAAACGUCUGUCGAGCGUUAUAAGAUGUGUCAGACCUCAAACAGUAGACGAAGAACCGCCCCAAACUAUUGAGAGCCCACCUGAUGUUGACAACAGAUGUUUUGAUUACAUCAGUAUAGACGAAGGCGUAGUAGAAACUAAGGAGGACGAUAAGUUGGAAGAGGUAGUAAGUAGACUGACAGAGAUCGCUAAUGAAAUCCCGUUCAUCCCUCCAGACAUAGAGUCUGACGCACCAGAAGACGAUGUGGAGAAAGUGAUCGCCCUGCUGCUGAGGGAGGCUGGAGACAAACUGAACGAUAAGGAGCUGAAAGAUGCCAUUCGAGCCAGAGAGAUUUUUUGGAACUACCGUUUCUUUGAGAAGCUAAUAAAAACUCUUCUCAUGAGGAUGGGCCUCAUGACCUCCGACCCCGAAUCUCUGGGGCCACACGCAUCACCCAAAACCCAGAUCGCCGUGACCUGUGAGGUCACCAGUCGUCUGUCCUCAGCAGUGGACACGCUGCCCAUGAACCGAAUGCUUGACCACGGAGCCAGAUAUCUGCAAGACCACUUUUCAUCCUGGGCUCAGAACCAGGGCGGAUAUGAGGAAGCCUUAUACAGUGAAGACGAGGACAACUGAAGUGUUUUUUACAGCGCAACAGCGCCCCCUGCAGGGGAACCUGCCACACUGGUCCUUUUAAGGGCUGCAGACCCAAAUAAACGUUUUUCCUUCAGUUUGUCUUGAAGUGGAGAGCUUUAGUAUCCCACCAUUGUCACAGAAUUGCAUCUUUGAAGUCACUCUUACUGAGGGGUUUUUUGUUGUUUGGCGGUUGUUGUUGUUUUGUUUUUUUUGUUGUUGUUUUUUUGGUGCUUUUGAAGGCUUUAAAUUGUUUGUAUGACAAAACAAAAUAUGACUCAGAGCACAGAUUUUGUAUUCUGCUAAUCCAAUUUUAUGUGCAUGUUCACAUAAAACACCGACCAGACAAGCAUUAACAUAUCUGCAGCUGUAUGCAUUAGAGAAAUAUUAAAUCAGGUCUUUCUCUACUGGCAUGUUUUUAUAAGAAGUUUUACAAGUACACCGAGCCAAAGAAGAAACUACUUAUGUGCCAUUUAAUAACUACAGUUAUGAAAUUAUAAGUGUUAUUUUGUAAAACAUUAUAAUAACUUUAAUUUUCUUGUUUUCAGGGAGAUGAAGGGUAGCUGUAGAUAUUUUAAAUUGGCACUAUUUGUGCUGUAGUUUGGUAGCUUAUUUUGUCAUUUGUCAGCACUUGCACUUUCUCAUGGAAAUUAAUAAAUAUUUUUCUUUGCGAGUUUGAGGGAUACAUCUUUAAAUAUUGCCGGUGUUAUUUUCUGCAUUUCAGGGUUUU